AUGCAGAUGCUACAGCAGCCAACGACGCCCAGCACAUCAGCUACACCUGCCAACACCAACGCUCAACGGGAUCGCUUCCAUAUCACAGAAGCAUGGGUAUACUACGUCGUAACCGCCAUUGACGGCGUACACGUGCCUCUCGCCGCGAUGCUGCGUCUCGGGCGCUCCAAAGACUUGAUCCUCGAUGCUCGCAGCGUUACCGCGGUCCUAUCCUCCCGCCAGCAUCGCGACAUGCUCCUCCUCGAAAGGGCUCUCGCACAGGACUAUUACCAUCCCAUACGCACGAGACAGCCCCUCGCCGAGCUGCGCGACUACCAGCUCGAGUUCGCCACUGGCUUCAUGCCCAUGGGCCGGGAGCCUCGCUACGCCUCCGCCCAGGGGCUGCGCGAGUUCCCGCACACCUCGGUGUGUCUGUGCGAGGGCGCCGGGUCGACGCACUCGAGUGACUUGUCCUGGUGCGCUGUGCCGGCGGGCUGCGAGGGCUGGCAGCCGGUGCCGCUGGGGACGGUGCGAAGGCUGGGCAGCAGGACGUAUGCGCUGAUGGUGAGGGACGUGACCGACCUGGACAAUGUCGAGUAA